AUGGCCGCUGACGUGCGAAAAGAGAAACAUGAGCAAGCUUCAGGAGUUGAACGGAUGUCUGAAAUUAACAAGCAGUUGAUGCAACUACCGGCCAUUAUGAACGAAGUUGAAGAACUCAUGCUGCUGAAGCACACACCUGAACGGCUCUCUGUCCUGCUUGUAAAUUGUCGCAUCAUAAAGAACAAAGUCGAUAACUUCAUGUCUUUAAAUUCCACUGUUAAACCUCAGAUUGUGAUGGGCACCGAAUCAUGGUUAGACAAGGAUAUACCUGAUGUAGAAAUCUUUCCGCCUGGUUUUACUGUCUAUCGGAAAGAUAGGCAUGGACAAGGCGGGGGAGUAUUCCUUUUGAUAUCAAAUGCAUUGUCAAGUACACAAAUUUUAUUUGAAAACGAUUCUGAGUCUGUCUGGUGCCUUGUGAAAUUGCCUAACGGAAAGAAUGUAGUCUACGGGACAUUCUACCGCCCACCCGGCAGCAGCGACUCAUUCGGAUUGCUGUCUGAGAUGCUAUCUCUCCUGCCUAAUAGCGUACUUCUAGGGGGGGAUUUCAAUUUGCCUGACUUCAACUGGAAUGCCGGAUGUGUGGCUGGCAAUAGGUCCCGUAUUUACACAGAGUUCGAAGAACUGCUCGGAUUAAAUGGAUUGCAGCAGUACGUACUGGAACCUACGCGAGAAAAUGCAAUUCUAGACUUAGUACUUUGCAAUGAGCCGAACAUAAUAUCAAAAGUUACUGUUUGCCCAGGUCACAUCACGGAGGGAGCGGCUGAUCACCAGAUCCGGACUAGUGUCCAUGCUGACACUGUUGCCGAUUCGCGUAGGCAUCUGAAAGUUGUUGUGGACGGAAAGUUGGAGGUUCUGCAUGAGCAGCCAGAGCCUGCGACCUCUCCGCACCUGGUCCUGAGCGAGCGCUUCCUGCAGGUGGAUUUUGGUCGCAUCACAGAUUGCUGCGAAGAGCGUUCGAGGGGUCUCCUUGGUUAUGUCCAAACCGCCGCGUGGUCGGACAACAAUCUUGAAGUCUCCCCGCGGGAGCUGCGGGAGAGGCGCGUGUCGCGUACGGAGCGGGCGCUGCGCAGCUGGCGGCGCCGCAGCUCGGGAUAUCUCGGCGGUUGA